AUGGCCGAACAAAUUGACAACAAGCAGGCUUCUACCUUCACCCCCAUUCACCCCUUUGACAUGGAUACCCCGAAGAGCUGGGGUUCUACCAUCGCUUUGAUGAACUGGGACACUGACAAGAUCGUGUUCUCCAAGCGCUCCCUGUUGGAAUUCCUCAAGUGUGUCAUACCCAAAGUUGUCGUUCCAGAGCUGAUAUGGUUGCUCAGGUCUGCCGACGUGACUGUCAACCAGAACUUUACUGAAAUCCAGAAGCUACCCAAAUACGCUACGUUUGGCAAGUUCUCUCAGGCCGCUACCGACGCCGCCGUCGCCGACCUUGUUGACGCUGAGAUCGGUGAUCCCACCCACGCCUCCAAUGUACCCUCUUCCAAGGCCACCGUCCCUCGCGGCAAAACCGGAGUCAACAUUUUCCCCGAAGAGUACGAGGAGGAGGACGCCUUGUCCCUCGCACCUCCCAGAGACGGUGGCGACGGUGUCGAUCUGGAAGUGGAGAGGCUUGAGAAGCUGAGGAUCCAUGUGGAGAAGCAGAAGGAGGGCGGAGCUACUAUCGAGGAAGUGACGAAAGAUGCGAGUGGAAACCGAGUCAGCAACCCUCCCCCUGGUUUCAAGCCCACCAGGAAGGUCACCCAGGCCCCAGGCGGCAAGUCUUCUGUUGGGUCUAUCUUGUUCGGCGACGACUAG